AUGUGGCCAGUGCUGUGGCUGCUCCCUUCACACCGACCAUUGUGCGCUCACCAUCAGACUCUGAACCCAACCUGCCCCGCAACGAAAAUCAACCGAACAGCGGAAAAAAUGGGCACCACAAUCACUCCCCACCCCACCCCGAACGAGAUUUCCAAGGGAGACAUUCCCGCCGAGGAGGCUGCAUACGCGGACUACCUCCAGAUUUUGGCCUUAACGGCUUUGUAUCUCCUCGCAAUCUCCGAGGAGAAGGACGGAGCCGCCGCCGCCGAGCAGCCGAUGGAGAUCGACGAAGAGAACGAAGACGAGAACGAAAUGGAGAUCGAUGAGGACGAAGAUGAAGAUGAGGGAUAUGUGGAAGGCGGGGAGGACGAUAUGGACGAGGAGGAGGGUGUGGGCGGGGAGUCUUAA